AUGUUGGUUUUUCCCUUCACUCUAGCUACGUUUUAUUGGCUGGUUCUGGAUCAUCCAUCAAGUUUAAUGAAAAAGUGCUUGAUGGGUCGUCACGAUCCAACUGAGGAUUGUCAAGAGUACACAGCAAGGCGAGCAGUAAAAUCGAAGAGUCUCAUUAAGAAAAUUGGCGCCAUAAAGCCCUAUCUUCGAAUCCUUCUCGUUGUU